AUGGAGGUAGUUGCCAUGGAUACUGAGAGGAGCAAGAAGAGAGUUUGGAUGGUUAUUUGGCCACUCGGUAUAGCAGCUGGUUCUUCGCAUGGUGGUCGAUUAUAUUUGGCUGUCCUACAUUGGAACGAAAAUUGUGAUAGAGCCCAGGCUGUUGAUGCCGAAGGGAACCCAGUGUACAGGUUGAGGUAUCCACGCUCGAAGGAAGGAGGCCACACAGUGGAGAGAGUGCUGACAGCUGGCACAUGUGGUUAUGUGAAAGCCCUGAUGAGAGUUGUCGUAGAACUGGUGGAAAACAGGGAGCAGCUCAGAGACAACAUGGAGGAGCUACAGCCUCAACCAGCACGGAGUGCCUCUCAUCAUCACCCCGACAAUGGAGAAGCCGUGCAAGCUUUUGAACAACAUCAUCGCUUUGGCGAUAGAAACUAGUUCUUUUGGUGAUAGAAACUAUGAUGAAUGUGUCAGGUACCUGAACAUUAACCACUGAUUGUUUUAUUUCAGUACAAUACAUGUUUUUCAUAGACCCUAAAUUAUGUUUAUGCCAGUAUAAUUAUGGAGAGUAACAUGGAAGUACUCUAUCAUAUGCAAGUGAGUAGUGGAUUCCGAUUCUAUGUGAGUGUAAAGCACUAGAAACUUGUCUGUAAGCUUGUACAUACUUACACAAGCCAAAGUCCAUGGUACACAUCAAUAGUCAUUGGUUUUAAUAGGUAAAAUACUUAUUAAAUUUGUAAAACUUACAUUUUUAGUUCAAUUAAAAACAAUUUCUGAAGCAUAUGCACUAGAUUUUCAUAAACACUAAGUAAAUCACUGUUGAUCAUGAAUUUGGCACCAAAUAUAAUCUGAUUUUUCUCACAGUCCUUCAUCUUGGCCAAUGCUUUUUGCUUCUUAUUUGCAAAAAAUAAAAAAUAAAAAAAAUGCAUUUUUUUUCUUCAUCUAAACUGUUCUUAUUCAAGAACCAUUUGAUGUAUUGCACCAGAUAUGACUUUAUUUUUUGUUUUUGAUUUUUUCCCUUUUCUGCCGAGGUGAAUUGUGUUAUUCAUUUUCAAAGUUAGUAGUUUUAAAGAUCAUGCCAUAUUAUCACAGAAGAGGAAACAUUGUGAUGAUACUUCAUCGCAUCCAUACUUUUUUUUCCUAACAGCGGUUUCCUGUUUGUCCUAAAACCUGGUUAUAAAAGAUUGAAAAAUAAUCAUCCUUGCAGAUAUAAUAAAAAAUAGUCAUCUAUCCUGUAAACUUUACAUAAAAUAAGGAUGAAUGUAAUGUACAUGUUGCAUCAAAGUUUUUGUUCCAAUGGUGCAUCAUUUUGAAAUAUAUUGCACAAACAGAGAAGAAAAUGAUUGGGGGGAAAAACUGUCAAUGGGAUGUUCUGAGAAUAUUUUGAGCAAAGGUAAACAAAAAUUCAUCUAAAGGAA